UGUUUCUGCAAUAGUAGAUAUUUUGGUACUCCAAUGUAGAAAAGAAACGAGGUGGUUCUUUAGAUUUGGUUAGAUAUGCAAAUUAUUGAGAGUAAAGCUGCACGAUUUGCUGCUGUUCGCCUGUUCUGUCUGUGCUUGUUUAUGACGGUAGUCGUGGUUGUCCUCGUCUCCAAUGUUCAAGUAUUUUUACCACUAGAAUGAAGGGAGGGAGAUUUUGCCCCUCAUAUAUGGCCUAGUGUUCUUCUCCGGUCUUCCAUUUACAAUGGUUGUAAAAUAAUGAGGAAAAGAGAAAAAAUGGCGAACGAAGUACUUGGUGCGUACAGAGCGGUGCUGAGAGCCACUCGGCAAACGUUUGCUGGCGAUACUCCCAUGCUCCUGGGGUGCACAGCCGAGGUCAGGAAGAAAUUCGAAGAGAACCGUCACGUGACUUCCCCCGCCGACCUACAGUGGCUACUUGAAGAGGCUCGUGAGGCCUCCCAAAUCAUCUCCACUAUGAUCGUCCAGGCUAAGCCCAAUGAACGUGGUGGUCACGGUAUUACUAAUCCUUUCUCAUUUCUGAGUCAUCUCAACUCUUUUCCCUUGAGUUUUGCUUAUUUUUCCAAUGUUUUUGUAUUUGUUGUUACUAUUCAUCAAUAUGCACGCCACUUGUUUGUUGUAUUGUCCAUGUUGGAUGCACAAAACCUAAUUAUACUAUUUACCUUUCUAGCAACCCCGGAUCAACCUAAUAUUUUCUUGUUAGGUUGCCCUUUUUCUUGGUCGAGAAAAAAAGAGAGACUUGAUAGUAGAAGCGUACUGUAAUCUUUACAUGGACAAAUGGAUCUAAAUCUAGUAUUGAGUGUGAACCACUCUAAAUUGAGUGUUUUCAAUUACUUUUCGUCUUCUAUUUCGUGUUAUUGUUGUUUUUCCGUAAUUAGAGUACCGUCUUCUAUUGUUGAUCCAUAAGAGUACCGGAUUUAGAUUCUUGAACUGUGCUUAGCGUUGCUGCUUUACUUUGUGUUUAGGUCCACAGUAGAUUUAAAUGUUUAAAUUUAUGUGUAAUUCUUCCAUAAGCAUUUUGAUGUGGGCUGAGAUAUUGACUUACCUACUCUUCUAGUUCUGUAAAAUGCCCCUAAGAGACUGGUUGAAUGCAGUAACUAUAUUGAUAUGGAAAAUCAUUGAAAUCAAAAUGAAAGAAAGGGUUGUUAAAUUAUAUCUGAUUCACAGUGAAUUACUGAAAUUAUCACAAAGGAUUACCAUUAUACAUAUGAGCUGCACCAAACUGUCUACAAAGUUUUCACCCAUCUAAGCAAGAAGGGAUGGAAUUGGAUAAUGGAAUCAUGAGAGACUUGCUUUGAAUAUGAUGUCAGUUAAUAGACCGAAAGGAACUUGGGGGGAUCAUUGAAUUAAAACCAUUCUUGGUGGUUUAUUUGCCUCAAUGGAGUUUGACAUCUAUUGAUUUGCAAAGAAAACUAUAAUGGAAAUGAGCUUACAUAUUUCAUGUACACAAGGAUUUUAAAACCAACAUGUUACUUCCCUAUCCUUCUCAACGAUGAACUUUUUGGUCCUGAUUUUUUCACCUGUCAUCUAAUAUUUGCGAACUAUGAAGAAAAUAAAGGAGAGGAACACUAAGAGGAAUAUCUCCAGAUUUACUUUUCAUUUCCCUCUUAGAAAUAAAUGAUCCGAAUAAUGACCCAAAUUUUAAAUUUCGGUUUCAACUAGAUGGAUAUCUUGGUGGCACUCAUUGAGGAUGGACCAAGGGAAUGAUGACACUUGUUGUCAGGGCAUGGUUUUCGUAGACUUAAAGAGGCCCCUAUACAUAGGACACGACUUUAAUAGUCUAUAAUCUAUUUAUUAGAAGGGAAAGGUAAAAUCCAAACUAACAGCGCUUGCUAUGGUUGCUAAGUGUAUGUGUAGAAUCAUCAAUGAAUCGAAUGAAGUGGCCAAAAAAAAGUUCACGCGGUAUACUUACAUUUUAUUGUGAACAAGCAUUUCAAUUUGGAGUAGAGUGCCUGGACUAAAUCACUUAUGCAUAGUGAUUGAUUGCUUUGCACCACUCCCAUGGUUUCGGCUUGAGUUGUGUGAAGUGAAGACAAUCAAUAGAUGCCUUACUGUUUUGCCUGCUUCGAUACUGCCUCAUUCCAGCACUAUAUCAUGGUUUCCGGCGAAUUGAUUAAUCUCGUCAGAUGGAUCCAUUUUAUUUGUAGGCUAAGUGAGAGAACAAAUACGGAUUCUAAAGGUUCGUCAACUUGGUUCAUCUGGAUAUGCUAUUUCAAUUUCUUAAAACUAUGAAAUGCGAAGGCACAUCCUAGUGGGCAAUAUUGUUUAUGUGAAUACUAUAGCUGUAUUAUUAGCUUGUCAUGUUUAUGACUACAUUUCACAUUGGUUAUGUGAACAGUAUAACUGUUCAACUUAUAAUGAUGACAAUUACAUUUUCAUGUGCGGGUAAAGAGCACGUGAGAGCUACAGUUGAAAUCCCUUCCGAAGAGAUUCUUAAGAAGACAAUGUGAGGAGAGAAAACAAUGGCAAUAAAUAAAUAAAUUAUAAUACACAAGCACUGUAAUCUGGCCUUUGUUAUGACUCUGGUUGAUCCUAUGAUUUUCAUUUUUAUUCCCUUUAUCAUGUGUGUUGCUUUAUGUAAAAUCAUCCUGCUAUUUGAAAUGUUUU